AUGACCUUCCUGCGCAACAUGGCCAUGGUCAAGUCCCUGCUCCUGGUGAUGUUGGGGCUCACCUUCCUGAGGGAGGUCGCAGCUUGGAAAAACCCCAAAGCAGGGGAUGCCGCCCUGUGCCCUCCUCUGGAGGAUAACAGUGUGAGGGUUGACAUCCGCAUCCUCAGGCAAAACCGGGGUAUUUCCAUCUCAAAUUUCCAGAACCGCUCCAUCUCCCCCUGGGACUACAACAUCACCCAGGACCCCCACCGGUUCCCCUCGGAGAUUGCGGAGGCCCAGUGCCGGUACUCGGGCUGCGUCAACGCCGAGGGGCAGGAAGACAGCUCCCUGAAUUCAGUUCCCAUCCAGCAGGAGUUCCUGGUCCUGCGGAGGGAGCCCCGGGGCUGCUCUCGCUCCUUCCGGCUGGAGAAAGUGCUGGUGACGGUGGGCUGCACCUGCGUCACCCCCAUCGUGCGCUCUAUGAGCGCCUGA